AUGGAUGACCUAAAACUUUUUCGGAAAUCCUCCGAACAGAUUCUCUCCUUUGUACAGACAGCUCAUACAUUUAGCAUGGACAUAGGGAUGGAAUUUGGGAUAAAGAAGUGUGGGGUACUUGUACUAAAGCGUGGUAAAACUGUUAAAAUGGAAGGAAUUGUACUAACAGACGGGCAAGUUGUGAAGGAGAUUGAUGAAAGUGGGUUUAAGUAUUUAUGCAUUAUGGAAACAGAUCAAUUGAAGGAAAACGAGACGAAAGACCUGUUCUCCAAGGAGUAUAAACGUAGACUUAAGUUCGUGUUACAGACAAAGUUGAGUGGAAAAAAAUAAAAUUAUGGGUAGUUGCAAUUCUGAGGUACAGCGCUGGUGUGGUAGAAUGGAGGAGUGAUGAGCUAAAGGAGUUGGAAAGAAAGACUAGGAAAAUGAUGACAAUACAUUAAGUAUUACAUCCUAAAAGUGAUGUGGAUCGGGUAUAUCUGCCAAAACAGAAAAGAGGAAGAGGAUUGAUCAGCUGUGAAAUGUGUGUGAAGACUGAAGAAAAUAAUCUGGCAUGGUAUGUUAGGAAUUUGAAGGAGAGAUUGAUGGAAGUGGUGAGAAAGGACAAAAAAUUCUGAACAGUGGGGGAGCAAAGGAAAAGAAUGAAUUCAAACGGGACAGAUAAAUAUGCCGCCUUGAAUAGAUGGACAGAGAAAAAAAAUGCAUCGUCAAUUUACACGGGAAAUGCCUGAGAGUUGACAAAGAGCGGACUUGAAACUGAAGCACUGAUUUUUGCAGCCCAAGUACAGGCACUGAGAACAACCUAUGCUGAGUUCAACAUGGAGCACUCCGUGGACUCCCCGCUUUGUAGGUUGUGUGGCCAAAAGGGUAAAACAAUAAAUCAUAUAAUUGGUGAGUGUAAGUGUUUGGCGCGAAAAGAGUACAAGAGCCGAAGACAUGACAACAUUGCCAGGCUGGCCAAUUGGAAGCUCCGCUGUAAGUAUGGCUUGAACAGAAAUGAGAAGUGGUAUGAACACCAACAGGAUCAGGUAGAGGACAAUGAAAGAUGUAAGAUAUUGUGGGACAUGACCAUCCAGUGUGACCAUAUUAUUGAGGCCAGAAGACCUGAUAUUGUUGUUGAUUAGAAAGAGGAGUAACAAGGCAAUUAUUUUGGAUAUUACUUCACCACGGGAUCGCAGAGUUUAAGAAAAGAAGAGUGAACAGGUUGAGAAAUACCAAGAUCUGAAGAGGGAGAUUAGAAAAUUAUGGGAAAUUAGACGUGUGGAGGUGGUACCGGUAGUGGUUGGUGCACUCGGUGCAGUAAACAAAAAAGAGCAUACCUGUCUUGGCAAGCUGGGGAUUACCAUUAAUAGGGGUUUGCUACAGAAAACAGCUUUGUUGGGAACAGCAAGGUUCUUAAGGAAGGUAUAUUGGAAAGUUGAAGGUGGAGAACUAACGCAAGGGACCUUUGCCCAUUGGCUAUGGCUCGCUCCCUUGGUGUAAUGUCGGUACAACAUCCACCAGAGCUAAAGCAUUUCGUUGAUGAUAAUAAUCAUGAUAAUGAUAAUAAUAACAACAAUGCAGUGUAACAGCAAAAUGUGAGGAGAAAUGAAAGAAAAGUAUGAGGCACAAGCCGGUGAAAUUAGGAAGAACAUAUCAGUCGCCAAGGCUGAAAUGGAACGGUACAAGACAAACAAGAAACUGACAAAAAGGAAGGAAAGAAAAAUGGAACAAAGCUAUUACAAGUUUGCAAACGGCUAUCCGUUGCGGAGAUUGUAAAGCUAUGUGGAGUGUAAAAAGUCAAAAUUGAGAAAACUGAAAAAAAAUAAAUAAAUAAACGUUGGUGGAAAAACGAGGAAUCUAGAAAGCUAAACAGGAAGUUCCAGCUUGAUAUCGGAGGUGUGACCUUGGAAAGUCAAGCGGAGUGUGAGAGACCAAGCUACGACCAGGAAAAGCUGAAAAAAGGUGAAAACGAAAAAAGAACGUUACAUCCGGUUAAGGAAGCGAUUGAUUUCUGGAAGCUCUUUUGGGAACAGGAAGGAAGUGGAGAUCCUUCGGCACCAUGGCUGGGAGUAUUGAAAGAGGCAAUCAAGGACAAUGUUUCAGAACCCCGAGAAGAUGGAUUUACAUUUGAGUGCACGUCAGCUAGGAAAGUUAUAACGAAGAAGAAGAAUUGGAGUGCUCCUAGGCCUGACAAAAUCGCCAGUUUUUGGUGGAAAAAAGCAUAUAACUUACAAGAGGGCGUGUCCAAGAUUUUUUAAGCAAUCGCAAACAAACCUCAAGACAUUCCUUGGUGGUUUACGGGCGGAAUAACAUCAUUAAUUCCGAAGCCAGGUCAAUUUUCCAGCGAAAAUCGGUGCCCGAUCACCUACCUAAAUACCAUCUACAAGUGGUUUACUUCGUGCCUGUUAAAACCGAUGAAUCAUCACCUUGAAAAGAAUCGCUUGAUGGAGCGAGAGCAACGUGGUACGAGAGAGAAAUGCAGUGGAACUCUUGACAUCCUCCUUAUUGAUCGAAUGGUGUGUCAAGACAGUCAGAUUGGGAAGCGGAAUCUCAGUAUGGCUUGGGCCGAUGUUAGAAAGGCCUUUGACACGAUAGAUCACAGAUGGUUAGGGGGAGAUGUUUGAGCUUCAUCGAUUCCUUCGGUGGUUAAGCGUAGCAAUAUGGCAAUUGAUUAAUAGGUGGAACACUAGAUUCGAGCUUUAGACGAAGCAAGGGAUGGAAACGUCAGAAAUGAUAACUUUUAAGAGCGGAUUGCCGCAAGGUGAUGCGUGAAUCAUACAGACCCCUUUUAAUUUUUAUGUACUACAUGCAGUACCCCCACUCCCCCACCCAAAAAAAUGGUUCCCACUUCUUUGCAUCAAAUCCCUUUUCUUACAUUCAAGUCAUCCGAUACAGACGUUCUGUGAUUUGCUAACAAAUAUAGGGUCAGCGCUUUGUGGGUCAUCGCACACAAACGAGUGUUUUAUGACAAAAAAACAUUCCUCACAAUAAUAAUUAAUCACUUUCAUUUCUAAAUGCAAAUGGUAUGCCACGAGGCAUUCAAACAAAUAACGUUUCAUUGAUAACUUCAGGCUUAUCCAUAAUAACAGCUUGGGCGUGCUUCUUUGUAUUUUGUUUGUUAUCUACUUUCUCAUUGUUAACCACCACUGUGACGCUUUUGCUUAAAGAAAACAAUAAAGGAAUGACGAACAUAACGGUUCAGUAGUUAAAAUAUUGCACUGUCCUAAAAAUAAGAUUCUGAAAUGAGACAAAGCAAGAGAGUGUACCAUCACGCGACUUCACUAUGAACAACGAAGUAAUUCGAAGCAACGCAAUGACUUACGACUAAUGUCAGUUACCAAGAUACGUUCGACACCCACCACUAAUUUAGCACAAUGGAGAAGCUUGAGAGUAAUGAGAACGACUGAAAGACAUCUGUUAAUGUCUAGAUUGCGGCACAUUUUAUCGCUUUCAGUCCGGCAAGUACGAAAACUGCCAGAAUGUUCAGUACGCAAUACCGAGGAACAGCAUGGGCAAGGUUAUUAUCAAAAUACCUUGGAAUCCUAACACAAGGAAACGACAAGUACGGAAAAAAAGGUUCCAAUACGUCGUUUAACGGAUUCGGGUCCUUCAAUGUACGUGAGAGAAAUGAACGAACUAACAUGGGUGAUGGGUAUCGCUGUCAAAUGAGAGCACAGUAAUAAGUCAUGGAAAUAAAAAAAAAAAAAGAACAACAAGGCAAAGAAUUUGCCGUGAUAUUUGUUUUAAAACUGUACAAGAAACCACCAUUACGAGAGAUGCAAGGAAAAUUAUGUUUCCUUUACCGACAAAAAAAUAGGACAACAGUUACCAGUUGCAGUCUUAAAUGGACUACGGUCAGAAGAACGAAGAUCAGCUGAUGAUUUCAAAAUAUAAUGACAAAACUCCUGCAAACUCACUGGCAGUAACUAAUGAACUGGGUCAGGAUUUUGACGGUGAUUCUUCAGUGUAAGGGUACGAUUAUGACACACGCUUGCCGAACCCACUAAAACAAUACAUAAUGAAGCGUCAAAGAGUUGCUACUCUACGUUUAAAAAAUUAAAUGAAAAUUUAGCAACAAAAGGAAUAAUUAGGUCCCUUCCACAAACUGAGUGUACAAAUGGCUUCAAGAUUUGACAUUUACGUUGGAACUUUACUGAAGACACAAAGAUGAUUGAAGAGGCAUAUAUUUGACUUACAAUAUGCAACAGAAUUCGGUGACAACAGGAAGUUGUCGAGCUGUUUAGUGGUCGCCAGUCCUUCUCCGCAAAUGAUGUUUGUCGCAGGACUGGAGAGGGGACAAAAACACGUCGUAUAUCUCGUAUAUUUCAUAUUAUCACCUGACAGAUUUUUUGCAAUAAUAACAAACGAACGCGUGGAUACCGUGGAUUUUGCACGUGUUCCUCAAGCAAGGAAUCUUUGGUGAAAAAACAGCUGAGAGAACUACAUCCCUCAGAGAAAAAGGUGCUUCAAAGCGAAAACCUUUGCCGAGCAGGUAAAACGCCUGGACCUUUAGAGUGUGCAUUUGUCUGAAAAUAAGCUUUGACGUGAUCGACCAGCCGCAAAAUAAACGACUGGAAGAUGAAAAUAAUAACCUUAAUUAACUCUUUAGCCAUAAAGUUACUUUUUUUAUUGAUCUUAGGUAUCCAAAAUGGCAGAGAUGAACUUAGCACGCCUCCCAGCUAAUCCACAAGAGGAUUGCCAGGUGACAAAAGUUUUUACAGUGCUGUACCUAAACCCACAUACGUAAUGAAGGCAUAUUAGUGUUGUUUUUGGAUUCUUAAAUUUUGUAUAUUUUUUUGUUUCCUUUCAGUACAUCCAACUGAAACAGAGUCUGUACGAGUUACAGCUUUCACUGACCGAGUACUUCUGCACAAUUCUGACGAUUUAUCACCAUGGACAGAAAUCUUCUUUUGAGGAUUCAAGGUCUUUAUCAGCUUAUCCUUCCAUUGGUAUUUCUCUUACAAAGAAAUCGUUUACUGAAAACGAAUUUGUUAAUCAUUCACUGUUGUAAGGAGGUGCUCCAACUGCAAUAGUUUGACACUUUUAUUAUUACAGUUAAACCCUUCAACCUUAAAUAUUAACAAGCAUGAUAUGCUCUACACUAUUCUUCCUACAUUUUAAAAGAUUCUGAUAAAAAAAAGUUGUCAACAAAUAAAAACGUUGUUUUCAUUCAUAGAUCAUUUCCUUUUUUUCACGACUGUUAGGGGUUAAGCUCCAAGACAUAUCAUAAUACAGACAUUAAUAUCUUCCAAUUGUCUCUUUUACAAAGCUUUAUACAGAUUGAAAGACCGCAAAGAUUGGCCUUGGUAAGCACUCUUAAAUUCAGUUUGGUAAUCUUUUGCAACGUUAUUUUUGAACCUCUCGCUACGUCCUCAUGUUAGAUGCUAUUCACCAAUACAUAUCCAAGUGGGAAGAACUGCAUUGCAUUUUAAUUUUAUGGAUUAAACCUUUGUAUUUUACAAUUUUCUACAGCUAAGUACUACAAUACAUAUUUAAAGAUCCUUAUUAUUGUUCUCUGUGUGUAGGAAAACCCAAAAGAACAAGAACUUCAGACUGCUUCAUUUAUUAAGAAGGAAAUGGACAGAAUACUAGUAAGUAACAUCAAAGGAAAGAGAUUCUGAUAUUAGAUAAAGUCAAGUAUCUAAGUUUUUUUUUCCUGUUUACUGCAGAAAGAUCCAGCUCACCAUGGAAGGGAUGAGACUGCCCCAAAUAGAGAACUACUAGACGCUUUUAAAUGUCUGUGGACUUAUUUUCAGUUAAAUGAAGGAGCGGGCACACAAAGAGAUCCACCCAUACCUUCGUUUGACAGUAUUUACCAGCCCAGCAGGUAAUUCGGACAGUUAACCACUCUUUCCAACUAUAUCAUCACUUUUUUGACUAUCUAAGAAUCCUUAUUAAUGAAACUUUGUUAUCUGUGUUCGCACCUUUAAAUUUAAUACACUUACGAGUAUGAUUACUGAAGGUGUAACUUCUUCACCUAUUUGUUAUACAUGUAAUUCAAAACUAAAUUUAUACGGGUUAAAUUAAAACUAAUCUUCUAAUACUUUAUUUUUAAACAGCCAUUACCAUGCCCAAGAAUGGGGAGAAACUGUAUUGGUAAGUUAAAUAAAUGACAAACACUCGACAAAAUCUUAGAAAAGAAACAAUGAAGUAGCAUUAUGAUCCAAGGGGAACUGGAUAGCACUGUUAGAGAACUGGGGAAAGAUGUUACAGGCAACAUUGUCAGUUGGCCUUGAAAAAAGGACAUCUUAUUAAUCCCAUAAUCUUUUCUUUCUUUUUUUUCUCGGUAAUUCCACCAAUAACAUUUCAAAAAUCAUAUAGCCAUAUCACCGAGUAUAUUCAACUUCGGAGCUGAUGAAAGUCCUGCCAUCUACCACAUGGGCGUGGCAGUUAAAUGAGCUCUGUCAAAUGGUUUACAUGGCUCCUUUGUUUAAAUCUAUUGUAGUGCAACAGAGGUUUGAAAGAAGACUGUGAAGUUGUCACUCAGAUUCUUCAACAACAAACAGGAUUGCUGAAAACUAGUGGAGUGAGCAGAUUUCAAGCUUUAUUUUAUUUAUUUUAGGAAUAAGAACCUAAACUGAAGCUCAGCUUUGUCAUCAAACUCUCUGACAUCAGCUUAAUUUAGUUUAUUUGUACAUCAACUUACAUUUUUGACUCUUAAAAUUUACUUAAACCAGCUCAACCACUUUUAUCCUUAUUUGUAAUGUUACUCUUAAAAUGCCUGUCGUACUAACUGGCAUGACAAGUUACCAAGUUUGGUCUGGUUAUUUUUUUAUUUCAAUGUUAAGGAGAACGUUUUUCCAGAAAAAUUUCGAUGAAGGGUCACUUUAAAGUCACUUUCUUUUUCUAUUGUUAAUUAACAGCAAAUUGAGACGUCAGAAGAACUUGACCAAUCCCUACCAAGAAUACGUACCUAUCUGAAGCAAAAGACAAUUACGCCAAGUCCUCCAAGGACGACCAGGUAACCCACACAUAUUAAGCAUUCCAAAUGGAAGAAACUUUAUGAAUACUCAGAGCAUUUAAACAACGGCCAUUAUAGUGAACUUUAAUCAAGUGUUAUCUUUCGUUCGAGCCAAAAAAUUGAAGAGAAAACAACUGCUGUUAGCCUUUAAGUUGGGGUGCCUGUUUUACUUUCAUAAGUAUCAGUUGUUAGUGGAAUAUUCUCCUUUCUGGCCCUGUAUGUUUUGCAGAGUAAUUGGUAGGUUUUCGUUGAGUUCUGCCACUGUAUACAUGCAUUUAUCAAAAAGGCCUUUUAUUUUAAGUAGUUAAGCAUUUUACACUUCUCCCACCUAAGAUACUGUCUACCAUAUGGAAAUUUAGAUUGUAUCUAUUUGAAAAAAAAAAUUACAACAGGUUUUUCUACGUUUAUUGUUUGUUAAAUCAUGACUAACCUGAAGCUUUCUUUUAUAUUUCAAUACAGUUAUGAAAAAGACAAAGUCUUAGAAGAUUUAGACUGGGUAAGUACAUUUUACGAAAGAAACUGAAACAGUUGAAAGUAAAACUAGAAGCGCUUAUAUUUCUAAGCUAUAUAAUCCCUUACCCAUCAUUCUGUAAAGCAGCCUUCAAAUGCAGUCAUGGAGUCCAUAUAUCAGGGCAGUUAUAACUGUACGAUAGAGAAAUGGUAAAUGUAGAUUAAACAAAAAAAAGAUUUAGCUUUUAACCUGUACAGUAAUUUUUCUUUUAAUUGCAAUAUAUAUGUAGAGAUAUAUAAUAAUCAUAUUUAAUCAUAUGCAUGCAUAAUCAACUAUGAUGUUAAUAUUUUACAUUUUGGUGUAAUAAUAUAUGUUAUAGUGGCAUCAAUCAAUACCAAUCUAACAGGCGUCAUCUGACGUUCAAUUUUUAAAAAUGCAAUCACACACUUAAUGAACAAUCCCAAAGUACUCUAAUUACAUUCAAAAAUUUGAUAAGUUCGGUACACUCUUCCUAGAGUAAUUUAAAUACAGAGCAAAACUAUGGUCAAGAAAACAUGCAAAAACAGUCUUUAACAGAAGCUUUUAUCAUGUUUCGAGAAUUUAUUAAUUUUUAUGACACAGCAUUCCAUAAAAAUUCCCUUGCAGGGAUAUCAUAUUCUUAUGACAAAAGAAACUUCCAAGGACUGAUUUAUGAGCUUGUGGUGUAAUAAUACAUCUAUAUGACCAACUCCUAGGCAAACAAAUAAAAUAGUAAGAAUCUCGUAUUUAAUUUAUCGCGUAAGCUAAAAAUGUAGGGAACGGCAUUCAUACCAGAACCACCAUACUAUGAUUAAAAAGAAAUAGCUAAUUUGUUUGUUCAUUUUCUUUUCACUUGCAGAUACUGAGAUAAAUUGGAUAAAUUGGUUAAAUGGUGAUGAUGGGAUGGUACCUUAAGGUGGACACUGAAGACUGUUGUUACUUGUAUUUAAAUACCGCAUGGUUCACAUAAAUUUUCAUUAAUAUAAUAAUGACAUUUUGAAAAUAUCAGAAUAUUUUCACUUUGCUGUUUGCUAUAUUUGCAUUUGUUUUUAUAAGACAUCUUACCUAUAAUCAUCCUGCGUUCAAAUUGAUAUUCACGUUUUGCAAGUAUUUGUCUGACUAAGUUCAUAAUAAUUAUGAUUAUAUCCUAAGUUGUAAUUUUGAAAAAAUUAAAAGAAAAUAAUGAAAGUUUCCAUUUUUUGCCAUUUCCUGGUCAAAACGUUUGCGUAUAAUAAUAAUGAUAAUAAUAAUAAUAGUAAUAAUAACCAAUCUUUAUUUAAGUAUCAGAACAAUAAGUAAUAUUUACAAUUUUAGUAGCUGGUCUACAUCUACACUCAUAAUUUUAGGCCUAGAUGUUUGAUAGUUUUUUUCUUAGUAAUGAUUGAUUUUCCUUUUCCCACUUUUAAAUUUUUCACAAUUGUAAAUAGUUUUCUAUCGUGGACAUAUAUUUAGUUUUUAAUUUGUAAAUAAUAAUAACAAUAAUGAUAGUAAUAAUAGUAUUAAUAAUAAACCAAUCUUUAUUUAAGUAUCAGAACAAUAAGUAAUAUUUACAAUUUUAAAUUAUAUCGUAUUGUUUACAAAUUAAAAACUAAAUAUAUGUCCACGAUAGAAAACUAUUUACAAUUGUGAAUAAUUUAAAAGUGGGAAAAAAUCAAGCACUACUAAGAAAAAAACUAUCAAUAAUAAUAAUAAUAAUAAUAAUAAUAAUAAUAAUAAUAAUAAUAAUAAUAAUAAUAGUGUUCGGAUUGGACUAGUGCGCCAAGGGUGACUAGCCAAUUCCAGUAACGUCGAGCUCUACGUCAACACCGUCAUCCAGGACCUAGAACAGGAAGGUACCUAUAAGUACUUUGGAAUCAACGAGGGAGACGAAAUCCAGCACUCUUUUGAUGAAAGAGAAGAUCCGGAAAGAGUACUACCCCAGCAUCCGGAUGGUACUAAAGUCUGA